UUCAUAGUCAAAGUUGCAUUUGUUGUUAUGCAAACAAAUUUGAAAAUCUUUGUGCCAAUGUGUUCACGUGUGGGAAGCUUUUUGUUAAGUGCUCUUCUCUACUCAACAUCGUUGCACCAUCAAAUUUUGGGACAAAGGCCAAUUUGGGAAUAGAAUUAUAUUUUACAAAGUUCUCAUUGUGAAUCAUCUAUUGUAAUAUUCAGUUGUUAGUUAAGUGAUUACAGUUGCGAUAAAAUGAAUGUAUCUUCAAGGAUGUACCCAUCCUUCUGUGAACAGAACUUAGACCUUUGCUUGUUGUAGGAAGAUGAUUUGCUUGGUGACUGUUCUGUCAGUAAACCAAAGAACUUAAUGGAAAGUUCGAUAUAUAUGUGGCAAAAAUAUUACCUAUAAGGUAUAGGUAAUAACUUUUGUUGUAAGAAGUGGUAAAGUUGUAUUACUAUACAUAAUAAUCUGUUCAGAGGAUUUUUAAAUGAGAACAUGAAAUUUUUUUAAGUGUUGGAGUUUAUUUAGUACUGUAAGAAAAUAUAUUGCAAAGCUUCGAAGAAAGUGCUAGAAGACGUGUGCAGAUAUUUAUAUAAAUUUAGAAUUAUUUUAAUAUAUAUGAGAAUAGUCACGAGUACCACAAGCAACAGUGCAGUAUUGGAGAAAUCUAUUAGGAAAAACAAGGAAGACAUCAUUGUAGAACCUUAUAUAGACAUUGAAACUUUAUUAGGGGUUGUGGGUUGUUUAAUCUUGCUAGCUCUUACGUAUAAAAGAAAUAAAUGCAUGAGUUUUGGAUAUAUCAAAUUAGUAUUCUUUGCCUUUUGAUCACGAAUAUAAGUAAUAUUUAAUACAAUUUAUUAAGAAACAUGCGAUAUGGCUUCAGCCGUCGGUUGGAAAAAAGUAGGGAAGCGCGUGUUUGUGAUAAAAUGAGCCAUUAUGAUAAUGUGAUUGGCGCACAGUUCUUGAGCGAAUAUGAACAGAUGACAACUACAAUCUCCACGUGCAUCAGACGUAUUAAGGAGAAGGAGUUCGAUUUGAUAUGCGAUGGCCAAAGAACUGCUUUGGAUGCACAUCAAUUUCCGGAAAACGAAGAAGCCAAUAUUUUGGGUCAUGGUACACUUCUAGCAACUGCCGUCGACGGAAAUAAGUUUGGCCGUGACUUGGACGAGAAGCUAAAUAAAUAUAAGCUAUUGCUGAAUUUUGAAGAUGCUCCUGACCAUUUGAAAUUCAAUCCUUACAUUCGCCAAGGUUACCGCACAUUCCUCUCAACAAAAUUGUGCUUACAGAGCAUGUUUUGGUGGACAAACGAAACGGUUAGUGAGAUAUUAAUCUGA